GGUCCCUCAGCUCCGCCGGCCUGGAUGCGGGGGGGGGGCGAAGGAGGGUGAAGACUUCCAGGGGAGCCCCUCGCCCCACCCCCUUGCCGAGAACGAACGUUCACUACUGCGCAGGCGCCAAGUGGCUGAUGGUUGGAAGGAAGCGGACGCCGAUUGGUCGCUCUGGGGAGGGCAGCGAUUGGCAGGAAGACUCCUCGGGGCGGUCCAUUCCAAAAAAACAAAACAAAACAGGAAGAGCUACCUGUAACAUGAAGAGACCUCGCAGCGAAGUCCCGCCUCCACUUCCGGAAACGAAUGGAACGUUAAGAGCCUAAUUGAUUCGGCCGCGGGCUGGCUCGCAAUCCAGGAGGACGGGCGAGCCCGGCGGAGGAAGGAAGGAAGGAGGCGCCGCCCGAGAGGAGAGGAGGCCCCGCGGAGCAGCCCCGGGAGGAGACGGCGGGGAAGGCCCGGCAGGGAUGAGCCGAGGGGGACUCCGGGAAAGGAGGCCGCCCGGAGGGAGAAGCGGGGAGCAGGAAACGGGCGGAGACGCCGAGACGGUCCUGGAGGGCGGAGGGUCCUUCAGAAGAGGCGGAAGACCCGGGAAUCCCCAGAGAAUCCAGGAGGGAGGAGAGAAACAUAAAUGCCCGGAAUGUGGAAAAUCAUUAAAAACAAAACGAAGUCUGGUAAACCAUCUAAGAAUCCACACAGGAGAGAAACCAUUUAAAUGCCUGGAGUGUGGAAAGAGCUUCACUCACAGGAGCACCCUUCAUACACAUCAAAAAAUCCACUCCGGAGAAAAACCACAUAAAUGCUUAGAGUGUGGAAAGAGCUUUAAUCAGAAGGGACAUCUUUAUACACAUCAAAGGAUCCACUCAGGAGAGAAACCACAUAAAUGCCUGGAGUGUGGAAAGAGCUUCAGUCAGAGGCGAAGCAUUUAUACACAUCAAAAGAUCCACUUAAGAGACAAACCAAAUAAAUGCCUGGAAUGUGGAAAGAGCUUCAAAAGGAGCGGAAACCUUUAUACACAUAAAAGAAUCCACUCAAGAGAGACACGACAUAAAUGUCUGGAGUGUGGAAAGAGCUUCAAUCGGAGGGGAUACCUUUAUACACAUGAAAAAAUCCACUCAGGAGAGAAACCUUUUAAAUGCCUGGAGUGUGGAAAGAGCUUCAAUCUGAGGGGAAACCUUUAUACACAUCAAAGAAUCCACUCAGGAGAGAAACCUUUUAAAUGCCUGGAGUGUGGAAAGAGCUUCAGUCUGGGGGGAAACUUUUAUAGACAUCAAAGGAUCCACACAGGAGAAAAACCUUAUAAAUGCCUGGAGUGUGGAAAGAGCUUCCGUCAUAGGAGCACCCUUAAAAUACAUCAAAGAAUCCAUUCAGGGGAGAAACCGUAUGAAUGCCUGGAGUGUGGAAAGAGGUUCAAUUGUCAAGGAAACCUUUAUGCACAUAAAAGAAUCCACUCAAGAGAAAAACAGUAUAAAUGCCUGGAAUGUGGAAAGCGUUUCAGUCAGCGGGGAGACCUUUAUUUACAUGAAAGAAUUCACCUUGGAAAAAAAACACAUAAAUGCCUGGAGUGUGGAAAGAGCUUCAGUCAGAGGGGAAACCUUUAUAAACAUCAAAGAAUCCACACAGGAGAAAAACCGCAUAAAUGCCUGGAGUGUGGAAAGAGCUUCAGUCAAGGGGGACACCUUUAUAGACAUCAAAGAAUCGGGAUUACCUGUAAAGGCCUCCAGUGUGGAAAGAGCUUUACUGAAAGUCAAGGUCUCCGUAAACAUCAAAGCAUUCGCAGAGGAGAAAAAGCAUGUAAAUGUCUGGAGUGUGGAUCUCCAUCGGUCUGCAUGGGGGGGGCAGGGCGAAGGAGAGAGGACCGGACCCCCAAAAGUCAAAGGGAGUCCCGCACUUCAACCCCUAUUCCGGAGGAAGACCAACUUCGCUCCUGCGCAGGCGCCGUCUGGCUGAAGGAAGGAAGCAGGACGCCGAUUGGUCGGUCUAGGGAAGGCAGCGAUUGGCAGGAGGACUCCUCGGGGCGGUCUAUUCAAAGGAAAGAAGAAGAGAAACCAGGAACAAGACUUCGCAGCGAAGUCCCGCCUCCACUUCCGGGAGCCAAGAGAACCGAGGUGUCUCGGCCGCGGCCUGGCUCGCCAUCCAGGAGGACGGGCGAGCCCGGCGGAGGAAGGAAGGAAGGAGGCGCCGCCCGAGAGGAGAGGAGGCGCCGCGGAGCAGCCCCGGGAGGAGACGGCGGGGAAGGCCCGGAAGGGAUGAGCCGAAGGGGACUCCGGGAAAGGAGGCCGCCCGGAGGGAGAAGCGGGGAGCAGGAAACGGGCGGAGACCCCGAGACGGGCCUGGAGGGCGGAGGGUCCUGCAGAAGAGGCGGAAGACCCGGGAAUCUCCAAAGUUUCCAGGAGAGAGGAAAGAAAUAUGAAUGUUCAGAAUGUGGAAAAUCCUUCAAAACAAAUAGAGUUCUUGUAAACCAUCUUAGAAUCCACACAGGAGAGAGACCUUAUAAAUGUCUGGAGUGUGGAAAGAGCUUCAGUCAGAGGGAAAGCCUUUAUAAACAUCAAAGAAUCCACUCCGGAGAAAAACCACAUAAAUGUCUGGAAUGUGGAAAAAGCUUCCAUCGGAGGGGACACCUUCAUACACAUCAAAGAAUCCACACAGGAGAGAAACCUCAUAAAUGCCUGGAAUGUGGAAGGAGCUUCAGACAGAGCGGCAAUCUUUAUACACAUCAAAGAAUCCACUCAGGAGAGAAACCGCAUAAAUGCCUGGAGUGUGGAAAGAGCUUCAGUCAGGGGGGACACCUUUAUACACAUCAAAUGAUCCACUCAGGAGAGAAACCACAUAAAUGCCUGGAGUGUGGAAAGAGCUUCAAUCUGAGGGGAAACCUUUAUACACAUCAAAGGAUCCACUCAGGAGAGAAACCGCAUAAAUGCAUGGAGUGUGGAAGGAGCUUUAGUCAGAGGGGAAACCUUUAUUCACAUCAAAGGAUCCACUCAGACAAACCAAAUAAAUGCCUGAAGUGUGGAAAGAGCUUUAAUCUGAAGAGCACCCUUUAUACACAUCAAAGGACCCACUUGGGAGAAAAACCAUAUGAAUGCCUGGAGUGUGGAAAGAGCUUUAAUCUGAAGAGCACCCUUUAUAAACAUCAAAGGAUCCACACGGGAGAGAAACCAUAUAAAUGCCUGGAGUGUGGAAAGAGCUUCAGUCAGAGAAGUGGCCUUUAUCUACAUCAAAGGAUCCACACUGGAGAGAAAUUGCAUAAAUGCCUGGAGUGUGGAAAGAGCUUCAGUCGCAGGAGCCACCUUUAUAGACAUCAAAGGAUCCACUCAGGAGAAAAACCACAUAAGUGUCUGGAGUGUGGAAAGCACUUCAGUGUGAGGGGAAGCCUUUAUGUACAUCAAAGGAUCCACUCAGGAGAGAAACCGCAUAAAUGCCUGGAGUGUGGAAAGAGCUUCAUUCAGACGAGCAGCCUUUACGUACAUCAAAGAAUCCACUCAAGAGAGAAAGAGUAUAAAUGCCUGGAGUGUGGAAAGAGCUUCAGUCGGAGGGGAAACCUUUAUAGACAUCAAAGAAUCCACACAAGCGGAGAAGCCCUAUAAAUGCCACUUUAGCUUGGAACCAUUGUAGUUACCUUUUUAAAAAAAUAACGGCUGCUAGCCAGCUCAAGCAUCUUCAGCUAGCAAAAGCAAAAACCGGAGCUGGCUUGGCACUUGUUUGGCCAUGUGGCCAUGGACAAAAAAAAAC